AUGGCUCCUCCGGCGAAAGGCGAGCUCACCGACGCCGAGAAAGAGCUGUACAAGGCUAUCCAGGCCGGCGAUGUGGCCGAGGCGCGAACACUGGUCAACCGCGUGCGAAUCGACUGCCUCGACGAACACGGGAUGACGCCGCUGCAGCACGCCGCAUACCGCGGAAACUACGACCUCUGCAAGCUGUUCCUCGAGUGCGGCGCCGACGUCAAUUCGCACUACCACGACUCCGGCUACACGGCGCUCAUGUUCGCCGGCCUGGCCGGCCGCGCCGACGUCGUGAGCCUGCUGCUCGAGCACGGCGCCUCGACGACCACCGUCAACUCGCUGGGCCGCACGGCGGCGCAGAUGGCCGCGUUUGUGAGCAACCACGACGUGGUGGCCAUCAUCAACAACUUCCUGCCCCGAGAGGAGCUCGAGUACUACGCGCGGCCCCAGGGUCUCGAGAAGGAGCCCAAGCUGCCGGCGACGCUGGUGGCCCCGCUCUACCAGCUCAUCGUGCGCACCAACAUCCACCCGGUGCGAGUCGCGCUCUACCUGCAGCAGAAGCGCGAGCUGAUCGACCAGUCGGCCAAGGUGGAGCGCGUACUGAACCUGCUCUGCGAGAAGCAGAUGAAGACCACCAGCGCGGAGCCCAACGAGAUGCUGGCGCUCAAGUUCCACCACCUGGCCUUCCUCAUCAGGACGUGCUGCAAGUUCGUGCGCGACCGCUCAGCGACGUCCGGCGGCAGCGCCGAAGGAGCCGGCAAGGACAGCAAGACGUCGGGCCUGCUCGAGCCGCUCAUCAAGACGUGGUUGCGCGGCCGCGAUGAGGACGACUUCCCCGUGCUCCUGGAGAAACUGCUGAGGCAGUCCGUGCGCGAGUUUCCCUACCACGAGUGCACCAUUCUCCAGCAGCUUGUGCACACGCUCUCCGGUGUCGAGGUCGGAAAUGAGCCAAGUGCUAUCUCCAUCUUGGCCGAGGCCGUGCGUGGCCAGAAGGGGUAUGACCAGGGAGCCUCGUGCACAGCCUGCGGCGAGCCCCAGGCCGACAAGCGCUGCUCAGCCUGCAAGUCUGUGCAGUACUGCGGAGCCCCCUGCCAGAAGUUGCACUGGUUCACACACAAGCGCCACUGUGCCCGCCUGGCUGAGGAAUACCAGAGGGCCCUGGCCGAGAAAGCGGCUGAAGAAGAGAAAGAACAACAUGCGAAGGAAGAACAAACGUCGACGACCGAGGCAUCCUCAAAUGGCUGCCCCGAUGAGUCCACCAACACCCAGUCAACCAGUGAAUGUGCGAGUGCCACACCCAUAACGACUGCUUGAAAUCACUGCAUCUUGUUGAACGAGAGUGUCUGUCAAAUUAAGGAUGCCACCACAUUUUUUUCACAUGGGGAACGGGAUGAAGUUGUGGCGAAGCGAAGUGCACCGUUGUGAGAUGCAGAGGCUGAAGAUACCCCUUGCAAUUGCUCGUAGAGCACCAAACGCACCCUGUUCAGCCUGUACACCAUUUGUCAUCACGCUUAUAUUUAAAAUGCAUUUCUCUAGCAAACUUAAGUGAAAAAUGGUAUAUCCAGGCAGCUGUUUUUAUCUGCAGACAUUUGUCAUGAACUCUUGCCAUCGCAACAUUGCAGAAAAGAAAUUUAUGUUAGACCUCCAUGCUGAUUUCGUUUAGAACUACAGUUUAAGGUAAAUUACAGUUCAACAGUUUAGGGUAGGCAGAAGGUGUCGCAUAAGAUAAUUAUAUCGAAAGAAAAAUGUAGCUUUAUUUUUUAAUUGAAAUUUUGGACUUGCUAUUAAAUAUAUGGUGUGAAAUCAAGAGCUUAUAUUUAGAACUUCUUAAUCACUACUUAAAAAGCCCAACACAAGCAAACGGGCAGCGCGAUACAUAUUGUCAUCUCUGAAAAACCUGGGUGGCCGUAUGCAGGCAAGUGUUCAUUUCUGCAAAGACCAGUGCUUCUAGUCAGGUGUUGUCAAGCCUAUGUAUGUUCAUUUUCCAAGCCACUGUAGCUGUCAAGGUCCACAAUCACAGAGUGCAAUUUUCUUAGUGAUACUGUUAUAGCAACUUUGCAUUCUCCACUUUGUAUGCUGAGCUCCUGUGCUUAAAAAAAAGAAAGAAAGAAAGCUGUGUUUUUCGCACUUUGCAUUAUUUAAUGAACCCUUAACUACUCAGUCCUGUAAUGCUGUGUUUGCCUAAAUAAAUGUAAUUUGACUGUUG